GAAUUCCUAAACCAAAACCUCGCUCGUGACAUGAGCCUGGUCGACGAUCCAUUUUCCACAAAUUUGUUCUUGGCCAAGAGGCAAAGGGAAGUGGAUUCAAAUGGUGCUCUUCUUUGCACCAGUGGGCCUUGCCCUGACGGGAGCUGCUGUGGACCUGAAGGCAAAUGUGGUUACGGCCCAGAUUUUUGCGGUGAUGGGUGUACCAGCCAGUGUGAUGCCACAGCCAUGUGCGGGCAGUACUCAUUAGACGGAAUCGUGAAGUGCGGCAUGAACCUUUGCUGUAGCUGGGGUGGUUGGUGUGGAACAUCCACGGAUCAUUGCAUCGGAGUCAAUGACUUCACCAAAUGUCAAGCGAACUUCGGUGCCUGUGAAAUCAUUCGUCCUUCGCCGUGUGGCGAAGACUCGGGCAUGUCCAACGGUCGUACUAUUGGCUAUUACCAAGCGGACAAUGUCGAAAAUCGAGUCUGUAACCGCAUCGCCCCAGAUCAGAUCCAUACCGAUGGUUACACGCAUCUUUACUAUGCAUUCGCUACCAUUGAUCCUGACUCUUAUGAGAUCAAAGUGCGGACAGAGUCAGAAAUAGAGACCAUGGCUGAUUUCACAGCACUCAAGACAUCUACUCUUGAGACGUGGAUAGCUGUUGGUGGAUUUGACUUCAACGACAACACAACAUCAACCCAUACCACCUGGAGCGACCUCUGUGCAGACGCUGGACAUCGUGCCAGUUUCAUAGCUUCAACAAAGGAGUUUAUGAGUGCAAACGGCUUCCAGGGGAUUGAUCUGGAUUGGGAAUAUCCGGUGGCGUCUGAUCGUGGAGGGCAACCUUCCGACACGGCCAAUUUUGCGACACUCGUGCAGGAGAUGAGGGAGGCCUAUGGUACCGACUAUGGUAUCAGUCUUACCCUGGCACCCGAUUACUGGUAUCUUCGGUACUUCGACGCCAAAGCAAUGGAGCCACAUGUUGAUUUCUUUGGUUUCAUGUCCUACGAUCUUCAUGGUUCGUGGGAUGCGGACACCAAAACAUUGGGAGCACUUGUUCGCGGCCAGGCGAACGUCUUGGAAAUCUACAAUGACACACUGCCGUUGUUUUAUGAUGGUCUUAAUGCGACCAAGAUCAACUUUGGUCUCGCCUGGUAUGGCAGAGGAUACACCCUUGCUGACACAAGCUGUACUGAGCUGCUCUGUCCCUUUUCGGGACCAAGCAAGCCGGGAAAGUGUACCAAUCAAGCAGGCGUCCUCUCACUGGUAGAAAUCGAAGAAAUCAUAGCUUCGAAGGGGCUCACACCUCGACUUAAUUCAGAGACCAUGAUGAAAGAACUAGUAUGGGGCGAUCAAUGGAUUGGUUACGAUGAUGAGGAAACACAUGCCUUGAAGCGCAAGUUCGCCAACAACCUUUGUUUUGGUGGAACGAUGGCUUGGAGCGUCGAUUUCUACUCCGGGACCGGAGAUUCAGACAGUCCACCUAUGUCGACAGACGGCUCUUGCGGUUCUAGUAACGGCGGUAAGGUGUGCGAGGGCAGUGGCUUCGGGAAUUGCUGCUCUGCCAAUGGUUAUUGUGGUAGCACCGACGCCUAUUGUGGAUCCGGGUGCCAAAGUGGCCAGUGUCUAUCAGGAAUCGAAACAACGGACGGGACCUGCGGUGCUGGCCAUAAUGAUAUCAUCUGCGGCCUAUGGUCGCAAGGCAGUUGCUGUUCUUCUUCGGGAUUUUGUGGCAGUUCUGAUGCUCACUGUGGUACAGGUUGUCAAAGCGGACCGUGUUUGGAGGCACCCUCGAAUGGUGAGGGUUCUGGGCCAAUUUAUAUUGGCAACACCAUCUUCGUGACACCGAGCCCGACAGUACAGUGUUACCCGCCAUGCACUCUCAUUUUCCCCCCUUCGACAAUGCCUACAGCUACGACGUUGACAUUUCCGGCGACCACCACAACUUUGACAAUUGGCGCUCAGGUAGUCACUACGGUUUUGACACCGCCACCAGUCACAACGAGUGUUAUUUCAUAUUUCAAUAUGCCGAUUCCUUCCGGCGAAACGGCAUCCACAUUUGUGUUGACCUCAAGCCUAAAGCCAAGUCCUACAGUUCUGACUGUAGGAGGAGUGACCACCACUGUCCAAUUCUUAGCAGUAUCGACAGUAAUACCCGGCUCAAGCAACGACGUGAUAUAUUAUAGUCUUCCAACUACGGUCUAUGCAUCUGGUGGUAUUACUCAGACCUUCUCGGAAGAUCAGAUUACCACAAUGAGCGACUUCACUGGAACAACCACUAGUACGACUACAUGGACUGAGACAGACUCCAGUUCCACCUCAACAACGGUCGUACCAAUCAUCAUUGCUCCUGGUGGAUUCUACUGGUCGCCAAUCCCGCUACCCACCGGUCCCAAGUUUCGCAUCCCAAAUCUUCCUUCGCCACCUCCCAUACCGUCUCCACCUUGCUUCAAGUUUUUGGACAUCUUCUCAAUCGAUUGUCCCCCUAACCACAACAACCCGACCACACAUUUCAUCAGCGGUCCACCAAAGCCUACUUGCACAGCAAACUGUGGAGCACGUGAUACAUCUGAUGAUGACAAGGACGAGAAGUCCACGAGUACUUGUGCAACCGAGACGAACUCUGUCUGCCGUACGACGAGUGGCAUAAAGACAUGCAACACCUACGUAGGAUGCGAUUGUGUCACUUCGACGGUGACAGAUUACUGGGUUUCUUGCAGUGCCUCAGAUGAUUGUAGCACCACAAGUUCUGAUGUUAUCACCGGCUGUUUCGUCACUGCAACGAAGACAACGACAGGCGAAUACUGCCCCAUGCCCACCUAUGAUGCUGCUCUUGAGGACGUUGGAGACGGUUGGCUGAAUGGCGUUGCCCCGUCUUACACGACCACUGCUUUGCCAGAAUCUCUUAUCAUUGGGGGCUCAGUAUACACCGCGACGAGCGGCACAGUUGUGAUAGGUGGAUCUACCAUCAGUCUUAUUAGUGUUACAGUCACCACGGUCAUUACAGUUGAUGGCAAGACCGGCACACUUUAUCCACCCACCACGCGCAACGUCAUUGACCCAGCAAUUUUGGAGUCGAUGGGCUUCACCUCAUACGACCCUGACACUACUAGCUUGACCAUCACAAUAGAAAAACCGAUCCCCACUGGGGGCACUCUACCCGCAGCAUCAACAACUACUACCCAAACCUCAACACAAGCGGCAGGCACACCGCCCGCCGAGCCGACAGCGCGACUUGUCAUUGCAUAUGAGUGGAGUGGUAACACUCUCGACUUUUCGCCAGGUUCUUGGUCUUUCUACACACCCGCACUAGACGAAACAUACGACGUAUGCCUCGAUUCAAUAGGCACUGCCGAUGCGGGAGACUAUGAUCUUUCCAAAAUACCGUUUCCUGACGGCACGAUAGAUUUCGACUUCAAGGUAUUAGGAACGUCAGGCUGUUCAUACACAGGCUCUUCGGACUCCCCCGGUUCCCUGAGCUGUCCUGACCUGACGCAUGCCAUACAAUGCCAGGAAACGACCUAUGACGAGCUGCAGUGCUUUGAGGGUGAUCCUGUUUACGAGGUUGUGGUAUAUGUCAAAUUGACUUGCAGUUGGUAAUUUCUUGCGCGUUGGACUAGGGAUGUAAAGCAUUUUGGAUGAAUCAGCAGUACUGAUGCGGCGCCGAUGAAAAUAAAAGAAAAAGUCUCGGUUCUUUUGAAUCAGUGCAAAUAAUGUCAGAGGCUUCAAUUAAUAGAUUAAAAAAAUCCACAAUCUUUGAAUUAAGCCUUUUGACAAACUCGAUUAUCGCCUACAUGUGAUUUAUUUAUGUUUA